AUGUCUGGUGCUACAAGCUUAGUUCAAAAUGGGGCGAGUGGCGACGCGAACGGCCAUCGAGGAUUGCACAGCUGUAUGUUUCUUUUCUCGCUAAUUGUUGGAAUUAAAAAUUUUGAGUAAAAACCCCUCGUCGCAACGCCAACGAUGCUGAGCCAUUGCUACGUUUCCGAGAAGCGAAGAAGGUUCUUGGAGAAGUAUACGGAGAGCUGAAGGAGAAUAUAACUGAGCUCGAAGGAGUUUACAAUGGUUAGAAGAGACUGUGUAUUUCGAGAAUUUUCGGCGGGUUUGAGGUAUACAAGGCGACGACAUCGUGGCUCCUCCACAGAGAGAAGAAAUCGAUGCGAUGAAAGAAUCCGUCAGGACUAUAAUGGAAACUUUUCAACGCGACAACAUGAAAGUUGUAUUUUUCGGAAGGUUUCGAAUUUUUUUUUCUUUUGAUAUUACUUUGCUUCUUAGGACAAGUAACGGUAAAAGCACAACUGUAAAUGCAAUGCUUCACGAAAAAGUGCUACCCCAAGGAAUGGGCCACACUACCUGUUGUUUCCUUCAGGUUUUCUCGUGGUUUCUCUGAAAAUAUAUUAAUGAAGUUUCAGGUGCAAGGCUGUGAUGAGGAUGUGGGAUAUCUGCAGCUGGACGACAAUCCGCAGCGGAUAGAUAUCUCAAUGUUGGGGAAGAUGGGCCAUGCUCUCAGUUCAGACAACUCAGAACUUCCCGCUAUGGGACAGGAUUCUUUAUUGAGGUUUCGAAUGGUUCUUCUUUCUUUUCUAGCUAUUUUUUCCAGAGUUUUUCAUCCUAAGCACAGUCAGGAGAGCGAGAAUCGAUUGCUUCAGAAUGAUGUAGUUAUAUUGGACAGGUUCGUUCGCAUUUCUCUCCUUUAGAUAGGGACCACAGACCUAUUUUUCGAACUCAAGCUAGCUCCUCGUUUUUGUUAUAAAAAUAAUGAUUUUAACAUGUAGUAUGCGAAAACAGAAAAGAAAAACGAAAAAUAUUAAGAAUAAGAGGAGAAAACAAUAUUUAAAAGUAAUUGAAAAGCAAAAAUUUUUGCACUGAACUCAGGCACUGGUGCGCGCACGCGCAGGGGGUACUGAUUCUUUUUUUCCCUUUUUCCACUGAAAUACGGUUUUGAAAAAAAUAUUUUUUUAUUAUUUUUGUGAAACUACCCAGUGCCCCUGCUCACUUUUUAAAAAGUUGUUCCGAGCAUUUUUCGAACAAAUUUAUGAAAAAAUUGCCAAGUGAAACUUUGAUAUUUCAUAUUUUUUUGUGCAAUCUAAUUGGUAUAAACUGGUGCAGAGCAAUGAUAAGAGAUGAAUAGACAUGAAAAAAAUAUUAAAUUUAUAACUUUUCAGUUAUUUAAAAAAAGCUAAAAAAACAAGAGAGACACCCCGCGCGUGCGCGCAGGCAGGCGCGCAUGCGCACUUUUGGCAACAAACACGCGCCGUCAGUGCCUGAGAAAUUUUGGUUUUGCGAAUUCUCAUGCAAUCUGCGCGCACCCUCAUUUGCAAGGUCGGCACGGUUUCAGGAGCCAAAAGAGAAGGUUUUACGAGCUGUAAUUCCACUUUACCAUCAUUUUCGUCUCAGUGACUGCACAAAUACAGCCUACAGUGCUCUUUGAAUCCCAUAAAAAAUGUAAUUUCGCCUACUUUUUAUUCACCUUUUUUUGUUGAGAAAAAAAUUUUUUUCGGCGAUCUUGAAUUUUUCGAUUUUAUUGCUUUAUUUGUUUGAAAAAUUGAAAAACUCUUAUAAAUGAAUAAGAAAAAAACGCGUGUCUACGACCGGGAAAUGUUUCAAAAAUUACUCCCAAAAAAAUUCUCCACCUUUUUUUACCACUCAAAAACAGUACAUUUUUCUUGUAGUUGUCAACAAGUAUUAUUUGAGCAAUGUUUUUUUCUCAAUAUGAAAAAAAGCAUAAAAAAACCUUCCAAUACUGUAUUGCAAUUGAGAAAAACAAUUUUUGACUUUGCGCGCCUCUCAAUUUUUUUUCGGCGAUCAUAGAAUUUUUUUAUUUUAUUGGCUUAAAAAAAUUUCAUUUACUGUUUAUAAGUAGUUUUCAAAAAAUCAACUUUGUCCGCGACCUAGAUGAAUAUCAAAACGCAAAAUUAAGUUUAUUUUUCGAACUCGCCUCACUAUUCCGUACGACACUCCGUUGAAACACAUGGAAAUUACCUAAAAACCUUUUCAACGGAAAGAGGAACCUUUUCUACAUUUAUGCUGAAAUUUUCAUCAUUUUUCAUUGUUUCUAUCGGCUGUACGAAACAAUCAAAGACGGAAUACCAAAAAAAUGGCCUUUUUUCCCUCGCGAAAAGGGGCGGGGCUUUGCGGUCGCUACCUUUAGAGACACUUAUCGGUUUCUGUUUUCGUAUGGAAGAACAUCCUCGUCUGUGAUACUUACUUCUAAAGCUUCAAAUAAACGAAACUAGAGAUUUACGGGUCUCUGUAUCCUUUUUUUUCAGAAGCUUGGACAGUUAUUUUUUGGGUUUAAUUUUUCGAGUUCUCCACAGUUCUUUUGUGGCAUAUACCUUAUUCAUCUGAACAUUUUUCACAUACAUUACAUCAUAGACUUGUCAAAAAUUAAUAUUAUGAUUUAGCUGAAAAGAAAAAUAUAUAUAUAUAUAUAUAUAUACAGUUGAAUCAUAAGGAUAUUUUCAAAUUUGUAUCAUGCAUCUUAUGGAUUUGCUCAAAGUUACAGUCUAGCCUUGUUUUGAUUUUUCAGUCCCGGCGUCGACUUAUCUCCAGAAUUCGACAGUUGGAUCGACAAACAUUGUCUCGACGCCGACGUCUUUGUCCUCGUGUCCAACGCCGAAGCCACACUUACUCAAGCGGUUUUUUCAAGAUUUGAUAAAAUUUCCAAUUUUAUUGUUUCCAGGAGAAAAACUUUUUCCAUCGGGUCUCGAAAAAAUUGAGUAAGCCGAACGUUUUCGUACUGAACAAUCGCUGGGAUGCGAGUGCGGCCGAAAUGGAAAAUAUUGACGAAGUUCAUUUUUCACAAUGAUGAAACACCUAUGAGUUUUCCUUCCAGGUGAAAAAGCAGCAUAUGGUUCGUUUUCGGCAGUUUCUCGUCGACGAACUCGAAGUUUGCAACGACAGAGAAGUCAACGACCGCAUUUUCUUCGUUUCUUCCAGAGAGGUCGGUUUUCCUUUUUCUUUGAAAGAAAGUCGACGAGGAAGAUUGAACGAAAAAUGCAGAUUCUGGAAUCUCGGUUGAAAGCAAGGGGCUUGGCCCAAAAGGCGUAUCAGAUGGACGGCCACGCGACCAGAGCACUCGAAUUCGCCAACUUCGAGCGUCAUUUCGAACAAUGUAUUUCAAAGUUGGUUUAUUUCUUCAUUUUAAGUCUGUUUUGUAUGUUUUUUUUCUCUCUCUUCAGUUCUAGAUCAUAUUCAAUUUCAUUUCAUUGUUUCUACAAGAACAGCAUUUUACUCAAUGAUGCAUAAGGAAGUAUCGAAGUGUGGUCACAAGUGAAGCUUGUGCUUAAUAAUAGGGCUUUGAGCCGAACUCUUCUUUUAAAAAGUUUUUCGUCUUGUUUUGCAAAGAUCCCAUUUUGUUUUUGACCCAUACUUUCUACCAGAACUAGUUCGAUGGGUUCAAACUACUUUCUGAAUACCACACAAUUUUUUUAUUCGAAGCAUGAAAUGUGAAAUGAAAAAAAUACAUAAAAAUAAAGUCUUUGAAUAACUUUCAUUGACUAUUUCUCAAUAAGAAAACUAUUGAAAGUAGUUUUUUUAACCUUCUUUAUUGAAAAAAAGAGAAGAACCGUGUUUUGAAGUUUUUUUUAAUUGAUGAUAUCGACCACGUCUACUAGUGAUAUCUGUUUCAGGUCCGCUAUCCACACGAAGUUUGAAGCGCACAACCGGAGAGCUCACGAAAUCAUUGCAAAAAUGCGUCUCAACUUGAAUACCGUACUCACGGCGGCUGGUUCUCAAAGGGAUAAGCUUCAAAAUGAACUCAACGUUUAUUUAUUCUUUCUAACCGUAAUUAGAUAACCAAUUCUAGGAGUCGACAAGAAUUUUCAACGAGUGUCGCGUCAACUUCUCGCAAUUCGAGAAGGCUUAUCGGGAGCAGACCGAAAGGCUCCGCGCCGAAGUUCAUUUGAAGGUGGCUUUUCCGAUAAUUAACGGAGUUCCUACUUUUCGCACUUGAAACCACUCCGGAUUAGAUUUUUCUUUCAUUUAUAGCCUUUUUAUCUUUGUUCAUAACCAGUUUUCUCUUGAGGUGUCUGCCGAUUUCUUCGAGGAAAUCGCUCGCCUGGAAUCCAUCAUUGACCGAUUCAAUGAGCCUUUCAACGCUUCAUCUGAUGGAAUUGCCAAAUAUAAGACGGUUUGUGAGCCUUCGAAUCCCGUAAAAUGGUGAAAAGGCUUCAGGAACUCGCAGAGUUCACGGACAAUUGUCUGAGUACCGAUCUCGAAGCUCGUUGUACGGGAGGCCUGAUGUCCAGGAUUUGGAAUCUCGAAAACGACAUGUUCCGUAAGUUUUUAUCAUACACCUACCAGGAAUUUGUCGGAAUUUUGGAGAAGAACAGCAAAAGUUUUGACAUUAUAUGCAUUAUAGAGGUUCCAAACACUGUUCUCACUGAAGUUGAGCAGCUAAAAUUGAAACAAAAAAAAAUAAUUUUAACUAUCCAUGUUCCUAUCUUCUACUCUCUUCAUAUUUUGGUCUCUUCUUCUUUUUUUCGAUUUUUAUCGUUUUAACCAAUAAGUUUUGAUCGUUUUUAUUAGAUCAGAAGUGUGGCACUUCUUGUGGUUCACUUAUUAAAAAGACCUCUUAAAGAGUCAAAUAUCACUUGAACUAUUGCGCUGUCUCUUUUUGAUUUUCGGUUCUCAGAGUACGUGACGAAAAUCCUAGCCGAGCCGUACCAACACAAGCUGGAGGAAGUUUGGCGCUACCGAGCUCCCUUCAAGUUCAGCAUCUGCGUCGAUGUCCCCGCUCUCACGAAGUAAACUCGAGAUUUCCUGUCCCCACUGAAAGCCGAGACUUCCAGGGAUUUCCACGAGGAUUUGGAGUUCCGAUUCACAUUUGGUCUGCACGCGAUAAUACGGCGAAUCAUCGCCUACCGAAGCGGACAGCCUGUGACGGCGAUCCAGUCGAAUCUUCUCACUCCGAUGGCUUUGGUACGUCUUUCGGUUUGAAAAUGGAAGAAGAAAAGGUUCAGGAAGAUUGCUUUCUCUUCAAAACUUAUGAAGAAUGCUCGUAAAAAGAAUAAAAGAUCUCUUUUCGUUUAAAAGAGUACUAGAUACACCUGAAGUGGUGCUCCGACAAACAGAGUUUUUUUCUUCUUUUUUUAUUUUAAACUUUUUUUCGAAAUGGAUUAUAACGGCUGGAAGCGAUUAAAAAUGCAUUAACUAUCCAUUCUGAUUUAAUAAAAAGCAGAGAAGCUAUCAGAAAAAAAGCGCGUCCUUUUCGUAGCAUCGUAGCACACUUUUUUUAUUUAGGUAAGAAAAAAUAGGUCACAACAUACUUUAGCGGUGAAAAAAAAAAAUUUCGAAGGAAAAAGGAAUCUUACAUAAUUCUUAUAAAAUAUUCUGCGUGAAGAGUUGAUUUUCUUAGGCUCCUUUUUUUGUAAGUAUAAUUGCUAUUUAAAAAAUUGUUCAAAUUUUUGACUGUUUUUCAGCAUUGAAAUACUUUUUUGUCAGCAGUUUUAUAGACUAAUCAAAAGUCCUACGCAUGUUUCAAAGCUCAAUAUUUUGUAGACGCGACAUAUUCGAAGUUUGUCGCCUUUCUCGGUAACAGUGUUUUUUGACGAACUUUUGCUUCCUAUCACUUUCCCGAAAAAAAAAACCCCAAAAACUUCGAUUUCGCCUCUUUUUACUGUCUUUCUGUACCGUUUGCCCCCAUUCUGCACAUUCACGUAACCCAAAACUUCUAUCUCCUGAACUAUCCAUUGACUUUUUUCAGAAAAACAAGCAAGUGGAGCUGAAAGUUCGAGACGAAGCGGCGGUGCAGGCGGCCGAAGAGCAGGCGAUGAUGACGCAGAUGGUGCUGACCUCAGCCUCCUACCUCGCCAACGGCAGUCUGGGUCUUCUGGUGGUCGGCGGGAUCGUCUACAAGGCCGUCGGCUGGAGAGUCAGUUCAGCUUGCGACGUCUUCUAACUUUCUUCGGGCUUCAGGUCAUCGCCGUCGGCGGAGCUGCCUAUGCUGGUCUCUACGCGUGGGAGCGUCUCCGGUGGAACUCGAGUGCCAGGGAGCAACACCUAAAGGAGCAGUUCAGGUGAGCAGGACCGCGCUUUUGAAUUGAAUCCAUUGAAUUUUGGUUAACGGGAUUGAGAUGGCUGUUCGAAGAUCAAGAAGUUCCUAGAAAUGAAAUAUUUGUCAACCAAGCAAGCCUCAAAACUUUUCAAAAAAAAUAAAAGAUUUGCUUAACUUGCGUCUUUGGCUCACUUGUUUGAAGUAUCUAGUCCAAUACACUACAUUAAAAAUAGAGCGACAAGCUGGGAAAAAUCAAAUUUCACGGGAGUUCUUGAAGGAGGAAGUUGAAAAAAACCUAUUGCAGGUUUAUUUUUAUACAUAACAAGAAUAAUAUGGAGAUGAUCUUUCAAGGCAUUUUGAGAUGUUUCAGAUCGCAUCUCGCCGCGAGAAUGCAACAAGUCGCCGCUGCACACACGACCCACUGCGAAACCCAAGCCAUGAGGUUUUUCUUUCAAAUCGAAAAUAAUUUUCUUCAUUUUUUCUUCAUCUUUCAAAUUUUUCAAAGUAGUAAUAAUCGAGCAUCUCGCAAUAAAAAAAGGGAUUUAAUUGUUUUUCAUGGAAACCUAUGACUCUUGGUUUGUGAAAAAGACAGUUUUUAUAACAGAAAUAUAAAUUGGGUUUCGUGCAGAAGAUAUUUUAUUUUAUUUUGCAGACCAUUGUGCCCCAAUUCGUCCUUAAUCUUAGUUAUUUCCAUAUAAUCAGAAUGUCCAUUUUGGUCAAACUUUGGGUCUAAUUUUUUUGUCCAAUGAGCCUUCUUACUUCACGCGCUUUCAUUUUUUGGCCUUGUUCAUCAUCAAUCAUCAUCAACUUCUUGAUUGAGCUUAUUUAUGCUUCAUAGAGAUUUAUCUUUGGCUCUUUUUGCGAAUAAGAUAAAGCUUCUCAGCAAAUCUUUUCUCUGGCUAUAGGGAUCAACAGAUCUUUUUUUUUUACCAAGGAAUAAGCUAUAUGGAACAAGCUAUAAAGUACAUUUUCCGUUUUUCGCUCAUCUAUGAAUUUUUUUGAAGAGAAAUGGAUCAAGUGUUCGACGGACUGAGAGCGACGGUGGCUGGAGUUCAUCGGGAGAUGAAAGACGAUCUCGACGAACAGAAAAAAUCCAUCGACGCCGUCGACACCACUAUCCGCACCCUUGGGAGCAUCAAGUUUGUCUUUUUUUCUUCUCAAAAAAAUCUAUAAAAAAAUAUGUUUUUUUCAGAGGAAAAGCCGUUUUCAUGCUGCGGAAUCUAGAACAGUUCGCGUCGUCGUACUUGCGCUCCGAUUCUCCGACCACGCCCUGA